UUUCUUGUGGAGUGACCUUGGACUAAUCGCUGGUAAACUGCCCUCCCCCCAACUCCCACUUCUUUUUUCCAUCUGAAAAGUGAGUUUUCACAACAGAGGUCGGAGUGAAAACAACGUGCUGCUUCUGGCUCUGGGCAGCCUCGGCUACCUGCUCCUUAGGACUGACCGCGCGUAUGAGUUGCAGACGUAACAAUUCAUCGAACUCGGACGUCUGCGUUCAUUGUUUGCUCUCACCAGUUGGACGGGUGUGCAGUUAAAAUGGGGUGGCUGCUCUAGGAAUCUGGUCCCUAAGGAGAUGCCGGGGUAUGGGGGGGGGCAGAAGGGAUGGAACGUGGGCCAUGUCCUCGAGGGAGGGGUUGCUUUUGACAGAGCACAGGGUCUGUCAUUCCAGUUGUUCUCUCGUUCAGCCCAUGGGAAAUUGUUGGUCAGAUUUGGAGAUUAGAGGAGAUGCCCACUGAACGGGCAGGGUCACGUCUCCGGUUUUCCAUUUCCUCAGCAGUAUUCGCAGAGAUUUUCAUAGGAGCCCGUGGCUUGCUAAAUAUACAUGUUAACACACAGCCUCUUUGUUUCUGGAGCAUUUUGGUUCUUGCUCUCAGACUUGGGUAGACGGAGGUGACUGAGAGGAUAGGAGACCAGGGAAACCAAGUACUGGAGGACCAGAGGCCAGUCUGAGCUGGACCAGAGUGGACAGAAGACAUCUUAAGCUGUCUUAACUUGAACAUUUGAAUUAUACUGAUGUGGCCAAAACUCCCCCAAGUAUACCUCCAGGAUUCUUUUCGGAGCAGAUUCAUCAGGAUGAGCAUGCCAGCCCCACCCAGACUUCUGGACCUGGCAGGUCAGAGCCUGCUGAGGGACCAGGCCUCAGCCAUUGCCGCUCUGGAAGUGCUGCCUAUGGAGCUCUUCCCACCACUGUUCACGGCGGCCUUUGCUGGGAGGUACAGCGAGAUCCUGAAGGUGAUGGUGCAGGCCUGGCCUUUUACCUGCCUCCCUUUGGGGGCCUUGAUGAAGGAGCAGCAGCCCCACCAGGAGACCUUCCAAGCUGCACUCGAUGGCCUUGACGUCCUGCUUGCCCAGGAGGUUCGCCCCAGGAGGUGGAAACUGCAGGUGCUAGAUUUACGGAAGAAUGCUCAUCAGGACUUCUGGACCGUGUGGUCUGGGACGAGGGCCAGUAUGUAUUCCCUGUUGGAGCCAGAGGUGGCCCAGCCCAUGAAGAAGAAGCUAAAAGUGGAUGGUUGCAAGCCAGGGCCCAAGCCACCCUUGGCUCCUGUGGAGGUGCUGAUAGACCUUUGCCUCAAGGAAGGUACCCCUGAUGAGUCCCUCGCCUACCUCAUCCAGAAAGUCCAGCAGAGGAAGGGUCUGCUGCACCUGUGCUGUAAGAAGCUGAAGAUUUUCGCAAUGCCCAUACAGAACAUCAAGAAGAUCCUGAAAAUUGUACAGCUGGACUCGAUCCAGGAUUUGGAAGUGAAUUGCACCUGGAAACUGUCCACACUGGGGAAGUUUGCUCCACUUCUGGGUCAGAUGGGCAGUUUGCGCAGGCUCCUCCUCUCGCACAUCCACAUGUCUUCCCACACCACCCCGGCGAAGGAGGAGCACUGUGUCAACCAAUUCACUGCUCAGUUCCUCAGGCUGCACCACCUUGAGGAGCUCUAUUUGGACUCUAUCUCCUUCCUGGAAGACCGUCUGGACCAGGUGCUCAGCUGCCUGAAGACCCCCCUAGAGACCCUGUCAAUAACUAAUUGCCUGCUUUCGGAAUCUGACUUGACACAUCUGUCCCAGCACCUGAACGUCAGUCAGCUUAAGGACCUGGGUCUCAGUGGGGUCAACCUGACCAAUAUGAGUCCUGCACCUCUCCAAGUUCUGAUAGAGAGAGCCUCCGCCACCCUCCAGGACCUGGACUUAGAUGAGUGUGGGAUCAUGGACUCCCAGUUCACUGUCAUCCUGCCUGCUCUGGGCCGCUGCUCCCAGCUCACAACCUUCAGCUUCUGUGGAAACCCCAUCUCCAUGGCCGUCCUAGAGAACCUGCUGCGCCACACCAUCGGGCUGAGCAAGCUGAGUCAUGUGCUGUAUCCAGCCCCCUUGGAGAGUUACGAAGACGUCCGUGGCACCCUUCACCUGGGCAGACUUGCCCAGCUGCACGCCAGGCUGAAGCAAAUGCUGCAGGAGUUUGGGCGGCCAGGCAUGGUCUGGUUCAGUGCCAACCCCUGUCCUCACUGUGGUGACAGGACCUUCUAUGACCCAGAGCCCAUUCUGUGCCCCUGUUAUAUGCCUGCCUAGCUGGAUAUACACAUAUCAUAGGCUUUAUUCUGGGCACAGAAGCCCAGGGUAAGUGUAUCUUAAAGGAGCACGGAAGCCACAGUUUCAGAAAAUCUGCCCCAUGUGAGCAGGAAAAGGAAAGGUGAUUCAGCAGGUGGGGGGGAUGUUGACUUGGGAGUUAAUAGGAUCUUUGGAGAGAUGCAUCUUCUAGCAUUAGAAAUAUGAAUCUGAAUUUCUAGAGGGAGAUUCGGGUUUGGGCGAUAGAUGUGGGAGUUACCCCUGCCUGCAUGGUUGUAAAGACAUGGUCAGAAAUAAAGAGAACCUCAGUGUCAA